AUCUGUGAAGCCAGCUCCUGUCAAUUGAGUUUGAAGAACAGAACGAAUACUCUGGUGAUUAAAAAGAGAGCUUAAUUUUGUGCACUAUCAUAAAUUUAAGAUAUCUUAGUGAUACAGACAUACAUUUUUUAUCUUUGAUGCGUUAAUCAAAACACUUGAAGAAUGAUUACAAGAUUAGCAAGAGGAAUUUCUUUUUCAAAACUGAAGUACGUCCACCAAAGACUGUUUCAAUCUGGCGAAGAUUUAAUAGGAGCUCACAAUCAGCUACAGCUUUCUAGACCGUUUCAUCUCUCUGUUGUUUUGAAGCAUGGUGGAGAUUACGAAUGGCAAGAACCGAAAAGUCCAGAAGAAAUAGUAAAUGUCACUUAUAUUGACAAGAAUGGAAAAGAGUUCCCCAUCAAAGGUAAAGUCGGCGACAACGUGAUGUAUUUGGCGCACAAACACGGAAUUGAAAUGGAAGGUGCUUGUGAGGCUUCGCUUGCCUGCACAACUUGUCAUGUUUACGUUGUCAGCAAUCACAGAGAUGUUUUACCAGAAGCAACAGAAAAGGAAGAGGAUCUUCUCGAUCUCGCCCCUUUUCUUCGUGAGGAUUCUAGAUUAGGUUGCCAGAUUAUCCUGAAUAAAAACUUGGAAGGUCUGAGGGUUCAACUACCGUCUGCAACCAGGAACUUUUACAUAGACGGACAUAAGCCAAAACCUCAUUAAAUGUUUUAGCCUGACAAAUGAGAUGCAUUUCAGUAAAAUAUAAAUAAAAUGGAAUUAUAAUUUGAAUAUUUUGAAUUAAUUGAAUUUUUACAAACUUAAAAGUUAAUUAUUUUUAUAUAUCUAUUCUCAUUUUAAACCACGUUUGUUUAAAUGCAUGACAACAUAUUAGUGUAAAUGUAUACCAAUUAAAUUUAAAAUGUAUUAAAAUUCAAACUAUUCAAACAAUUUUGUUGUCUCAGAGCAGAGGAAUGA